UCCGCACCGAAUUUGAGCUCUGCUCCUGAGUACAAAAAGCCCUUCUUUCCUCUUUUGCCUGAAGCCAUCCAAUCAUCCAUUAACAAAAGAUUCUGCCUUACCCAAAAGUUGAUGAACAUCCAUCUUCUUCCCAUUCCAAAUCCUUCGACUCCUUUCACGCCCAAAUACUCCUACACACCCAAGCAACCUUCUGCAACUCCCCGUUCCUCUUCACCUGGAAAAGCCGCUGCACCCAUUCAAGAAAUGAGCUAGCCGGCAACCCCACAGACGACCGAGCUCUGGCCACCGAACACUGAACAAACAGGUAUAACAACGAUUCAUCGCCGCUACCACAUAAUCCACACUUCACCGGGCAGUCCACCUUCCACCUUCUUAAAUGACCGUUGUUGCUAAAAGAAAGAUUUGAUUUUUGGGGUAGAUGCCAAUCCCACAUCACAGUCAACUCUUCCAGUCCGGAGCCUGAAAUUCACCUGUAAUUUCUCGGUAGCAACUCCGAACUGAAAAUCUGCCUCCCAAUUCCAACCUCCAAAUCAGACUGUCAGCGAUGAACUGUAGCUGGCCGCAUUUUCAGCUCCUUACUAUCCAACCUUUUACGUCUGGAUGCAACCCCCACGCUCUUAGCUCACUUGAUGCUUUUAAGGGAAGUAGCAGCUGUAUACUGAUAGUGAAAUUGCCAAGGCGAUCAAGGAACUUGCUUCAACUCCAAAGCAUAAGAUGUGGCGACCCCCAUCCACAAAAUGCAGAUUUUCCACGUUACUAUUCAAGAAAGGAGAGGAAGCCGUUUCCUGUACCAAUUGUAGAGCUAAGGAGAGCUGCCAGGGAGAGACAGAAGAACAGGUUAACCCAAUCAAGGGGACAUUUGCCUCCACCAAAAGUUGGGUUGGUCAUUAAAGGACUGAUUCCACUUGCAUAUAGAGUGAUGAAUGCACGAAUAACAUUGAUAAAUAAUCUCAAGCGGCUCUUGAAGGUGGUGCCUGUUCAUGCUUGCAAGUGGUGUAAUGAGAUUCACGUUGGACCCGUUGGGCAUCCUUUCAAGUCGUGUAGGGGCCCAGACGUUUCGAUCCGCAAAGGACUUCACGAGUGGGGAGAGGCAUUUGUUGAAGAUGUCAUGGUACAACUUGAAUCUUACCACCUCUAUGACCGUUUGGGGAAACGGAUUUGUCAUGAGGAGAGGUUUUCAAUCCCUCGAAUCCCAGCAGUGGUUGAGCUCUGCAUCCAAGCCGGGGUCGAUUUACCGGAGUACCCCACCAAACGAAGGAGAAAACCAAUAAUCCGCAUCGGAAAGAGAGAGUUUAUUGAUGCAGAUGAAACGGAUUUACCAGACCCUAUACCGGAACCUUCAAAGCCAUUGAUAUUCAAUGAGGUUUCUGAUGCCGAUGUAUCACCUCCGUAUGGGAAGGAUGAGACAAUUCUUUUGGCUGAAGAAACGGUCCAAGCGUGGGAAACCAUGAGAGGAGGAGCGAGGAGGUUAAUGAUGAUGUAUCCAGUGAGAGUUUGCGGUUACUGUCCGGAGGUACAUGUUGGGCAUAGCGGACACAAAGCACAGAAUUGCGGGGCCCAUAAGCACCAGCAACGCAAUGGGCAGCAUGGAUGGCAGGCUGCCGUACUGGACGACUUGAUCCCUCCUAGGUAUGUUUGGCAUGUCCCUGAUCUGAAUGAGGAAAUGAAGAGGGAACUGAGGAGUUUCUAUGGUCAAGCUCCGGCAGUGGUGGAGAUUUGUGUACAGGCAGGUGGGGCCGUGCCUGAACGGUACAAGUCAACAAUGAGGUUGGAUGUGGGGAUUCCUAAUGAUGUUGCAGAGGCUGAAAUGGUUGUUUGAACAACUUCGUCAUGUGUUAUAUUGUGUUUGUGCUCUCUUUUUGUAGACAUAAGUAGUCAGGUGUAAAGAAAAAAUACUCGUCUCAAUUGUAAAAAAACUUAUGGAAAACAGAAAUUGAAAGCUCCCGAGAGUUGAAGACUAAUGUUAAUGGAUUAGUUAUUUUUGGAAAUUACAUUUCUGGCUCUUGGAGGUUGUAUGAAGUGCCA